GUGUCAGUUUUAUUUGUUUUUGACGAGGAGAGCGAAAGAGUGAAAAAUGGCUGGAAACUUUUGGCAGAGUUCUCACAAUCAGCAGUGGAUUCUGGAUAAGCAGGAUCUCAUACGGGAGAGGCAGUAUGAUUUGCAAAUCCUCACGGAGGAUGAGUACCAGAAGGUGUUCAUAUUCUUCUCGAAUCUCAUACAAAUCCUCGGCGAGACGCUGAAGAUUCGCCAGCAAGUCAUUGCCACGGCAACGGUGUACUUUAAGAGAUUCUACGCCCGGAACUCCCUGAAGUGCAUCGAUCCACUCCUGCUGGCGCCCACAUGCAUCUUCCUGGCGUCCAAAGUGGAGGAAUUCGGUGUGAUUUCCAACUCACGACUCAUCUCGACGUGUCAAACCGUGAUCAAGAACAAGUUCAGCUUCGCAUACCACCAGGAGUUUCCCUACAGGACAAAUCACAUUCUGGAGUGUGAAUUCUACUUGCUGGAGAAUCUAGACUGCUGCCUGAUUGUGUAUCAGCCCUAUCGGCCACUCCUGCAGUUGAUUCAGGACAUUGGGCAGGAGGAGCAGCUGCUCACGCUCACGUGGCGCAUCAUCAAUGACUCCUUGCGCACAGACGUGAGCCUUCUCUAUCCCCCCUAUCAGAUUGCAAUAGGAUGCCUUCAGAUCGCCUGUGUGAUCCUGCAGAAGGACCAGAAAGGCUGGUUUGCCGAACUCAAUGUCGAUAUGGACAAAGUGCAGGAAAUCGCGAGGAUCAUCGUGAAUCUGUUCGAGCUGUGGAAGAACUACGAUGAGAAGAAGGAAAUACAGGAACUACUGAAUAAGAUGCCAAAGCCAAAACCUCCACCGCAGCGAUAA